AUGAAGCUUCAAGAUACUCGGAUCACACCUUCGAAAAUCGGAUUGAUCGACCGUCACGUUUGUCUCGCUUUCGCCGGUCUCAACGCCGAUGCCCGGAUAUUGGUCGACAAGGCAAGGGUAGAGGCCCAGUCGCAUCGCCUCACCGUGGAAGAUCCCGUCACGAUUGAGUACAUUACAAAAUAUGUUGCUGGUGUGCAACAGAGAUACACUCAGAGUGGCGGUGUGAGACCCUUCGGUAUCAGCACACUCAUCAUUGGAUUCGACAAGGGCAGCAGCGAACCGAAGCUGUAUCAAACAGAGCCUUCCGGCAUCUACUCUGCUUGGAAAGCAAAUGCCAUCGGAAGAUCUAGCAAGACUGUACGAGAGUUCCUCGAACGGAACCACAAAGACGACAUGGACCGAGAGGCCACCAUUUCCUUGACCGUCAAGUCACUUCUGGAGGUUGUUCAAACAGGAGCCAAGAAUAUUGAGAUUGCCAUCAUGGCACCAGGAAAGACGAUGGAGAUGCUCCCAGCCGAGGAGAUCGAGCAAUACGUCAAGACAAUUGAGGCCGAAAAGCAAGAAGAACAAGCAAAGAAGAAGCCGGGAAGACAGGGCGGCUCCGGCACAGCAUCACUGCCAACGCGGCCGUUAGCUGAGGGCGAAGGUAGUGGUGAUAUUUGA